AUGACAAGCGACGGUCAAGAUCCAGAGACCGCAGCUCGUGGCACGCUCGCUCUGUUGGAAACCCGUCUCCAUCGAUUGGAGUUCCUCCUUAGCGGCGCCAGUCAUGAUGAUGGGAUCCCACCUCCGACCACAAUACCAUCUUCUGGCAGCGAAACAUUGUGGGCCAGAUUGGACGCUCUCGAUGCCGCUCUCGCUAAGCUGAAAAAGCUUACGGGUACACCUGGGUCAGUUGUACGGGAUAUUGAGCGACUAUCAUCACUGCAUCCUGAUUUAUUUGCUGUGACAGCCAGUACAACCCCCAAGGCGGAGGACACCAGUACGCUUGCCUCGAUCGUCCUCGCUCACGCCACCAUAUAUCCCGAAACCGCAUCCAGGUUGUCCUCUCUGCAAACUUUGCAAAUCCCACCCGCAGAUCAGAGUUCGAAGCUGGUAUCACUGGCGCCUAGACUUGAAAAACUCCGGCAAGAGGAGGAUCGUAUUCAAGAAGAAGUCCGAGAGUUACGAGAACGCAGUGCUAGAUGCCUAGAAUGGUGGGUCAAGGUUGGAGUGGUCGGGAUGGGAGACAUGUGGGAAGAUUGGGAGAGACGAACUGCCGAGAUGGAGAGGAACAUCAUCCGUCGGGAGCGACGCGCAAAGGAACAACAAGGCUACUUGUGA